AAUGAAAGCUACUCUUGCAAUUCUCUUGUUGAUAAGCAUUGCAUCUGCAACAUCAACUCAUGAUUAAAUAAUGGCUCUUCUCCAAACUGGUACAAAAGCUAUGGAUGCCAUUGAUACUGUUUUUGGUUUAUUGAAUGAUCUUAUUCAAUCAAAUAAAGAUGCUUAAUUUGCUGCUGAUUAAAAGAAUGAAACAGAUGAAUGGGUUGGAGCUUAGUAAUUAUAAUCUUUAAUUUUAGAACAAUUGAAUAAUUCACUAAAAUCAAAUCACUCAACUAAAAAUUAUUUUAAUAAUCAGUUGAAAAUAGAGCCUUAUUUGAAUAAGAACUUUAAGAUACUAAAAAUUAUCUUGCUUGGAAUGAAUAAAGAUAAGAUGAAAUUGCUAGAAAAAUUAAUGUUCUUCUUGAUGAAUAAUGUCUUAGUAAUUAACUCUUUGUUAGAUCAAUCAAAUAAAAUAGAGAGGCUCUUGAAGUUGUUAGAGUUCUUAAAUAAGAUGUUGCUGGUUAUAUCAUUAAUGGAGAUUCAUUAGAAUUUGUCUAAGAAAAAACUACUUCUGUUGCUUAAAAAUUAAAAGGCUAUAGCAAUCUUUUUAAUGAUUAAGAAAUCAAAACCUUUUUGAGUUUAGCAUAAACUAAAUAAGAAGAAGGAGUUAGCAGAGGAGCUACACUUGCUGAAAGAGUUCUUGCUGUCCUUGAAUCACUUGAAGCUAAUCUAUAAGCUUCACUUGAAGCUCUUGAAGUUAAUGAAAUCAAUGCCUCAUGGGAAUUAGCUGGCUGGGUUUCAUUAAGUGAAGCUGAAAUUGCUAAUCUUAAAGUUGAAUAUGAAAGAAAAUAAGUCUUUGCUGAUAGAUUAGCUACUGUAUAAUUAUUAUUAUUCAUCUUUAGUAAAUCUAAGCUGCCUUAGCAUAACAAGCCAAAUCUAAAAUCAUCUUAUAAGAAUCAUAAGAUGCACUUGAUUAAGCUUAAGCUGAUUUAGAAAAUAAAAGAGCUGAUUAUGCUGAAGCUAAAGCCAAAAGAGAUGAAGAAAAUGCCAUCCUUGAAGAAGUUAUCAUCAUGUUCAAAAAACAAGUUGCCUCAUGGUCUGGAAGAUGAUUCAUAUAACUAAUCAAGUUAUUCAAAAAUAUCCAUUC